UCCUCCUCCCGCCGCCGCUGUAGCGGCCGGCAGAGCAGUGCAUUGUGGAGGCUGAGCGCGCUGCGGCUGCUGGAGCUACGGCCCGGGGAUCGCGCGGCGGGGAGCUGUCCGAGGUGCUGACCGUCCCGGCCCGUGCGCCCAUCUGCUCUCAUCUGACCCCUCCAAGUUCUGGCCUUUCUCCCAACCCUCCGUCUGACCGUCUAUUCUCCUCACUUAGGGGCGUAGCGGCUGGAGGAAAUCAUGGUGUUCGUUCCAGGUGAGACACCUGGGAGCGAGCCCGAAGAGGUGAAGCUGCAGAAAGCCAGCAAACAGAUUGUGCAGAAUGCCAUCCAGCAAGCCGUGCAGCAAGUCUCCCAGGAGAGCCGGCAGAGGGGCGAGAGAGCCCGUGACAGCCGGGGCAGCCUCCAGCUGGGCGUCGGGGAAUUAACCAAGAAGCAUGAAAAGAAGUAACGCCACGGAUUUGGUUUUUGUCACCUGCUUGGUUUCCAGCCUUCCUCUUAGUAUAGGAUGCGUUGCCAAAAUGUUGCCAGUAAAGCAAACCAAAGUGUCGUUGGCACCUAGCAGUAGAACGAAUUCGCGCUAGCCCUGGGCCGAGAUGCACUGUUUUGAAAAAGUACGUUAGAUGAUUCUGUUUAUAUUAACGCAGUGCCUCUGAAACAGAGUGGGGCCAAACAGGACAGGGUAAUUGCAAAAGUAGUUUUGCAGCACAGGUUAUUUUUAUGGUUCUUCCCCCCCCCAAAGAUUCUGUCUUGUUUAUUUACUUUGGCUUUUUAUGUACCUUUCUGUGAGUUUAACCAGCAUCCUUUUUGCUGAAAUACUGAGUGCGGUACUGUGUUCUUUAUAAUAUUUUAAAAAGAUAUGCCGGAAAGGCGAAGUAAUGGAGUUUGUCAACUUCAGAUGUGGAAUGGAAGGCUUCAC